AUGGCACCACCCAGCAAUUACUCCACUGCUGCGGUCUUCGAAUUCCUCCUCAUCUGCUUCCCUAACUACCAGACCUGGCAGCACUGGCUGUCCCUGCCCCUCAGCCUCCUCUUCCUCCUGGCCAUGGGGGCCAACACCACCCUCCUCCUCACCAUCUGGAGGGAGGCCUCUCUGCACGAGCCCAUGUACUACCUGCUCAGCCUCCUCUCCCUGCUGGACAUGGUGCUCUGCCUCACCGUCAUCCCCAAGGUCCUGGCCAUCUUCUGGUUUGACCUCAGGUCUAUCAGCUUCUCUGCCUGCUUCCUGCAGAUGUUCAUCAUGAACAGUUUUCUUCCCAUGGAGUCCUGCACCUUCAUGGUCAUGGCCUAUGACCGCUAUGUGGCCAUCUGUCACCCACUGAGGUACCCAUCCAUCAUCACUGACCAGUUUGUGGCCAAGGCCAGUGUCUUCAUUCUUGCACGAAAUGCCCUUAUCACUGCACCCAUUCCUAUUCUCACUGCACGGCUCCACUACUGUGGGAGAAAUGUCAUUGAGAACUGCAUCUGUGCAAACCUGUCCGUGUCCAGGCUCUCGUGUGACAAUUUCACCCUCAACAGAAUGUACCAAUUUGUGGCUGGUUGGACCUUGCUGGGCUCAGAUUUCAUCCUCAUCUUCCUGUCCUAUGCCUUCAUCCUGAGAGCUGUGCUUAGGUUGAAGGCUGAGGGGGCUGCAAUGAAAGCCCUGAGCACAUGUGGCUCCCACUUCAUCCUCAUCCUGUUCUUCAGCACCAUCCUGCUGGUUGUGGUAUUGACAAAUGUUGCCAGAAAGAGGGUCCCCUUUGAUAUCCUGAUCCUGCUCAAUGUCCUUCAUCACCUCAUACCCCCUGCCUUGAACCCUAUAGUGUACGGGGUUCGGACCAAGGAGAUAAAACAUGGAAUUUGGAAAUUGCUUCAGAGAGGGGUGUGA